UUAAUUCAGACCCUAAAAUUGUAAACAAAAAUUCAGAUGGGGGACAAAUUCCAGAGUCCAUGCUAUGUACAAAAUAUAUAUUGCAAUGUUUAUUUAAAGUCAAUAUGAGACAGUCUGACUUAGACAAAACCAAGUUGGUAUCUUCCAAAGGUGCCGUUUUUAAGUACGAAAGCAUCUCGUCAUAUUAGAGACUAAAUCGAUGUUUGUAUGGCCACCUGACUAUUGUUUUAGGGCUUACCCUCUGAGACCAUCUCAGAUUUAGUUUGUUGUUUUAAUUUGACAGACUGGGGGCUGAACACUGCAAUCUUGGCCAAUGACUUCAAGUGGCAGUGAACUCUAUAAAUUGUAAUUACAUGGGCCAUUACACACUUAAUGCACAACAGGCAUUACUUGUCUUUCGCAACCAGGUGAGCAUCAUUUUUCCAGAUAGACCACCUAGAGAUGACAAGAUAUUAUCUGGUUAUGUCAAGCUUUUUAUUUAAGUUGGUGUAACCAAUGUGGAGGAUGUUUGUUAAGUGCAGUGUAUUUCUAACCUUUUCUCUGUCUUGCAAAUCUUGUUUGGUGCAGGCCUUGGUGCCAUGGAGCUGUGUGUCACCAUCAAAGGGGUGUCAUUCCUCUUGCAAACAGGUAUGGGUAUCUUGGGGAAUGCUGUGGUGCUGUUGGCAUAUGCCCACAUCAUUUUUACCGAACCCAAGCUCCUUCCUGUGGACAUGAUCCUGUGCCACCUGGCCUUCGCCAAUCUGUUGCUGCUACUGACCCGCUGCGUCCCCCAGACCAUGACUGUGUUUGGGCUGAGGGACCUGCUGAAUGAUCCCAGCUGUAAGGUGGUGAUCUACACCUACCGUAUUGGCCGGGCUUUAUCAGUCUGCAUCACUUGCAUGCUCAGUGUGUUUCAGGCAGUGACCAUUGCCCCCGCUGGGUGCCAUUUGUCCAGGCUGAAGCCUACGCUUCCCUCCUUGGUCAUCCCAACCUUUGCAGGACUGUGGCUCCUCAACAUGGCCGUAUGCAUCGCAGCCCCUUUCUUUUCUAUGGCUCCGCGUAAUGGCACUGUCCCUGCCUUUACUCUCAACCUGGGCUUCUGUCAUGUAGACUUCAAAAACAACCUGUCUUAUGUGGUUAACGGGGUGGCUGUCUCUGUCAGGGACUUUGCCUUUGUCACCCUGAUGGUGGGCUCCAGUGUUUACAUCUUGCUGCUUCUUCACCGCCACAACCGCAAGAUGAGACAGCUCCGCCGUUCUCAGGGUGGUGGAGUGGAGACCAGAGCUGCCAAAACAGUGGUCACCCUGGUGAUUCUCUAUGUGGUAUUCUUUGGGAUUGAUAAUGUGAUCUGGAUCCACAUGCUGACGGUGGCUAAGGUGUCACCAGUGGUAGCUGAUAUGAGGGUGUUCUUUUCCUCCUGUUAUGCCUUUCUCAGCCCCUUUUUUAUCAUUUCCUCCAACAAGAAGGUCAAGGCAAAGAUUGUGUGUGCAGCUGAGCAAGACCAACGGUCAGCAGACGCUCAGGAGUCGAAUGACAAAUGAUUGUCGCCAUCUGGACAGGCUUUCGACUCAACAACAGAGUUGUACUCUCUAACCAUAACAUUAUGAGCAUUUGUGUGCAGAUGACUGUUUAGCUACGCAAUGGACCCUUACUAGAGAGUAGUGUCUUAUAGUGGUGUUACUGGGUUUUACCUUGUAUAUAUAUUUUUUCAUCAAAAUUGUUAAUAUACACAGAUGUCUGGAACUGCAGUGUGUUGUAUGCCAGCAAAAAUGCACAUCAUCUGUAUAAUCUUCAUUAGGACUAGCAAAUAGUCAGUUAGUAAAUUCAUGUUUCCAUUCUGAGAAUUAUUUGUUUGUCAUUUUGCAAGAAUUAUGCCAGACUGGUUCUAGCUUCUCAGCUGUGACCUCCCUGUGUUUUUCUUUUUUGUUUACAUAAACUGAUUAUGUUUGUGGUUUGGACACUGGGUUAUUAAGAACUACCAUCAUUGGCACUGGGAUCACAUGUCUUUAAUGAUUGCAUGUCUAUUAUACGAUUUCAUACAAAUGUACUAUUUGAAGCUCGCAUCUUUCUUUUGGACUGUUUAAAGUGAGAAAAACACACUAAAAUAAUAAAUAAUGGGUUUUGGAAUUUGUUUCUGGUGUAACAGUUGCAUAGGGAGCUUAAAUUAGAGGUUAAAAUAAUAGUGAACUUGUCGGGGGCAGGUAUCGAUUUUUUUGGUAGCUAGUAAAACAUUACAUAGGGGACUGGGGUCUUUGUGCUUUUGACAGCAGUAUUUGACUAAAACCCUAAAUUUGAAGAUGCUGUGCGUUACUUUUUUUUUUUUUUUUUACUUUUUCCAACAUUUUAUGGAUCAAACGAUUGUUUGUCAGUGUAAUCAGCAGAUUAAUCAAUAAUUUAAAAAGUGUCUGUAGCUUUUCUAACCAUUUUAUUCAUGUCUGCUCUACUU